ACAAUUUCAAUUAGUUCACAAUUCAACAAUAAUUUAUUGGGUCCCAACUCCACCACAGCAACAGUUUGAUCAUUAAAAUACACCAUCCUUAUAGAAUUAUUGUCGAUUCUCUUCCCGGUGUAAUUUUUCAGUAAAAUAGGCGACUCGCCACUUUGCUGUUGGCCAAAGACGCCGAUAGUGGGAAGAUGAAACGGGAAAGAGGGUUUCCCGCUGCUUCCGAUAACGCACAAGACAAACAGUAACACAAACAUAACCACAUUGCAACUUUUUGACAACGGCAGCAUUUUUGAAAUUGUCUAUUCGGUCGCAACAGUAACGAUUCCGUCAGAAUUUUUGUUUACAUCAUUUUGAUUUAUUUUUUUUAAAGUCACGCGUUGAUUGAUAAAUGUCACAUUUUUAGCGUCAAUUCGAUUUUGAUGAACAUCCGUAGGUGCUUCGAGGAGCUUCUGACGGAGUCGCCGACAGACUAAACGGAAAUCCACUCGAUUAUGAGCCACGCCGGAUUUUCUAGAUUAAAAUUUUUGUAAUAAUAUGGAAGAGGAUAGCAACAUGAGCCGAUACAAUAACAUUGAAGAAUACAACAAUACCGAAGAAUUCAACAACGCGGAUGAAUUCAAUAACGUAGACGAAUACAACAGUAUUGAGGAUCUCAACAGCAUAGAGGAAGGAUUCAACAGCACCGAAGAAUAUAAUAACAUCGAGGACGAAGAAGAGGUAGCAUCAGUUAAGGAGAAGUUUUCAUCAAAAAAUGAAGACUGGAGUUCUAAAUUUCUUGAAGUUUCAGGUGCCAGUCAGAAAAAAGCAAAAUCCAAGAAAAGCAAUUCGAAUUACAAAUACGCCAGGAAUUCUACCGGUCUUGUAACGCUUUAUAUAACAUCAUGCGAGCAAGAUAUGCCAACAAAACUCUUCAUCGAUACAUUAAAGAAGGCGGUGCCUUACCUAAACUUCGACAGCACCGUUGAGACUGAGUAUGGAUUAAUUAUAAACCUUCAAAAUGAUACUUACGUUCAGAAAUUAUUGCAAAUGGACUUGGCAAAAAUAUUUCAGAGACCAGUACAGGCCGUUCCAUUAUUUUCUGGAAAUUAUUUGAAAAUCGUCAGUUUCAAACAAAUUCCUUGGUGCAUUCGUAUCGAAGAAAUCGAAAAUUGUUUGAAAAAGCAGGGCAUAAAAUACGGAAGGAUAUCGAGAGAAAAGUCGACUCUAUACAUCGAAGUCACCGAUUUCCCGAACUACCAACGGCUCAAAGAGGAAGGCAUCAAUUUUUAUAAUUCCGUAAUGUUUCAAGCUUCUGAAGAUGCGGGACUAAACGACGAAAUUCAUUAUAACAGUGAUGACAUUAUUCAAUGCUACAAAUGUCAAGGCUUCUGGCACACAGCGAACACAUGCAAACAAAAUGUAAGAUGCGUUCGUUGCGGCGAGCAACAUCAGGUUGAAAACUGUAAUCGUCCAAAGAGCAGUCCGAUUUGUUGUAACUGUAAAGGUCCUCAUCAUGCCGCUUACAAACUGUGUCCAGUCAGAUUGAAACUUCAAAAAUCCGUUAGAGUUUCGUUUCUGUUUGAUCAGUAAGAACGUCUCGAGGAACAGUUAUAACGACUUUACAAUUCACUAGCAUAUUAACACUACCACAGAAUAGAGAACAAUACAGAAAAGAAACAUAUAGAUACUCUGAGAAAACGUAUCUAUUCACAGUGCACCAUAGAGCUAGGUAUAUGGUGAAUAGUUACGUUUUCUCAGGGUGUCAGCCAAAACCCCCGGCGACCAAAUCCCCGGGACUAAAUCCCCGCGACCAAAUCCCCGGGGAUAAAAUCCUCGACGACCAAACCUCCGGAAACAAGAAUCCCCGGUGGCAAAUAUUUUUAUUCAAGGGAUUUUUUUACUGGAAUUUUUGUUUCCGGGGAUUUUGUCACGGGGAUUUUGUCGGUGGCGGUUGUGUCGCCGGUGAUUCUGCGUCGGGGAUUAUGUCGGUAACCCGUUUUCUCAGUAUCUCUGUGGUGGAAUUAUCCCUAUGUUUCUUUUCUGUAUUGUUAUCUCUUCUGUGACUGUACAGAUAAGUUAAAAAUCACUAUACGUAAUGUUGUAUUGUCUUUGAUCGUGUGAAUCAUAAAUUAAAGCAUAGUUGAUGAAUUUUGAGAACAUAAAUUAAUAAAUAAGGUAGAGUGAAAAUCACUGCUAGUGAAUUAUAAAGUCAUAGUUUGUUCUUUCAGACGUUUAACUAGCAUGGCUUUUUAUGAGACAAAAAAAAGGAAAGCAAGCUAUAAAAUUAUGUAAAUUAUUGGUAAUAAAUAUAUAAAAUACUAAUAUCGUGUUUUUUUUUUGUA